UUUCUUUCACUUGUGUUGCUCUGUCCUCCUUUUUCCUCUUAUUCACCCUGAAACAAUUGCUCAGAUUCUCUCCGUCUCACAGCCUCUGCGUCCUUUGUUUAACUACCUCAAACUGUCCUUCACUUUCUGUUUCCGAGAGCAGAGGAUAACGUUGUGUUUGUUACUCGCUGAGUACAGUAAUUGCCUCGCCUUCUCAGUGACCGCUAACUAACUGAGGGGGGUUUGGAAUCGGCACUGUACGGGAUAGAUUUGGAGACGAGCGCUUCUCUCAACAACACAAGGACUUCACGGCGAAAUAACCCAAAUCCUCUCCUGAAGGAACAGUUUCUGGACACUUGCACAGCAACUCUAUGGAGUGCAAGCAUGAAGCAAAAUUUGGACAAUCUGGGCAGAAGAAAUCCAAUGUGUUUUCAUAACAGAGAGGCAACCGAGGAGUCAUUCAGAAGUGGACAGAAGAGGAAGAAGAACGAACGUUCUGUGGCUGAAUGUAACUUUCCGUCUUUGGGGAUUUUGUUUUUCCUGCACAGCCUUGUAUAAAGAGAUACAAAAAUUACAAGGACAGUCCUUUGCAAAACUGAAACUCCUCAGAAAAUUUAUAUUUUUUUUCUCAUUUUCAUAUUUGGUUAACUAAUUUAUUUUACAUUUUUAAAGCUGAUGUUUUUUUUGAAGAUUUUCUGAAGCAACAACUGGAACUUUCGAGGAUUUCCCCCAUUUUGAAAAUAACAGUUUUGCUAACGAGGAUUUAAUUUCCCUUCAAGACUGUGUCUCUAAAUUAGUGGUUGGGAUAUGUCAGCGCUCUCCUGCAAUUGCGUCAGGAGCUUGGCGUGUUUAUUUAUUUGACUUCUGCACACAAGAUCGCUGCGUGUGAUGCGAGGCUGCGAAGCAGAAAGUUGUGUCUCCGUCCUCAGCGAAGGCAGACACAGACAUGGACACACAUGCGUUUCCAUGGUGACCAGUAGCUGUAGCCCCUUCCCCAUGUGUUGGGCUAAAGAAUAUGACAGACACCUAGCAGCGGCUGCAUCAGCAGGGAAAACCAUGGCAACCUCCUAUCUGGACCCCAAUCUAAAUAAUGCCUUCCUCGACGGUGCCAAGUCACGACUGAGCGCGGGGGGGUCGGACCGGACCAUGGCUGGCUCCAUGGACAGGGUUCUGAAAGUCUUCCAUCACUUCGAGACCAACACUGAAGACAGCGUAUGGUCUUCCAAUAUCAGAUAUGGAGACGCAACUGAUGUCAGGGGUAUCAUCCAGAAGAUUUUGGACAUCCACAAAGUUCGCUGGAUUUCCUGUUUUGGCCUUCGUCUCACUAACAGCCAGUCCAGAGAGCACGUGCACUGGCUCCACCCAGAUAUGGGGGUGUCCCAUAUCAGAGAGAACUACGAACAAGCCCAGCCAAACGAGGAGUGGAGGUAUGAGCUAAGGAUUCGGUAUCUACCAAAGGGCUUUGUGCAGCAGUUUACUGAAGACAAACCAACACUCAACUAUUUCUACCACCAGGUCAAGAGUGACUAUAUGGAACAAAUUGGGGAUCAGGUGGAACAAGAUGUAGCUCUCAAACUGGGCUGUCUAGAAAUCAGGCGGUUCUUCAAAGAGAUGAGAGGAAAUGCUUUGGACAAGAAAUCCAACUAUGAACUACUGGAGAAAGAUGUUGGUUUAAAGCGAUUUUUCCCAAAAGACCUGCUGGAAUCAGUGAAGGCUAAAACUCUUCGUAAGUUGAUCCAGCAGACGUUCAAGCAGGUGGCCAAUCUCAACGAUGAGCAGUGCAUUCUGAAGUUCCUGGAGAUCAUUGCACCGAUCUACCGCUAUGACAAGGAGUUCUUUAAAUGUGCUCUUGGGUCUAGCUGGGUGAUCCAGGUAGAGUUGGCUAUCGGGCCAGAAGAAGGAAUCAGUUACCUCACUGAUAAAGGAUCAACCCCCACACAUCUAGCAAACUUUAACCAGGUCCAGUCCAUCCAGUACUCAGCUAUGGAGGAGAAAGACAGGAAAGGAAUGCUGCAGCUGAAUGUAGCCGGCGCUGCUGAGCCUCUUACAGUUACAACAGCAUCCCUCACCAUGGCGGAGAACUUAGCUGACUUGAUUGAUGGCUAUUGUCGACUCGGUUCAAUGGAAACUCAUUCAUUCAUUGUGAGAAUUCAGAAAGAGGGAGAGAGAGCUCUGCCUUCACUCCCAAAACUGUCGAAUAAUGAGAAAAAGUUAGAAGCAGUGAAGAGUGGAGUACGAACAAUCUCUGUUUCAGAAGAUCUUAGUGGGGAUGAAACUGAUGACUAUGCAGAGAUAGUCGAUGAAGAGGACACAUACACCAUGCCCUCCAUGAGCUAUGGAGUAGUUGAAGCGCGGGACUAUGAGAUCCAGAGGGACAGGAUAGAGUUGGGCCGCUGCAUCGGAGAGGGGCAGUUUGGAGACGUUCACCAAGGAGUCUACAACUGUCCAGACAAAACUCCUCUAGCAGUCGCCAUCAAAACCUGUAAGAACUGCACUUCAGACAGCGUCAGAGAAAAGUUCCUUCAAGAAGCACUAACAAUGCGUCAGUUUGACCACCCGCACAUUGUUAAACUCAUCGGCGUGAUCACAGAGAACCCAGUGUGGAUCAUCAUGGACCUCUGUACUCUUGGAGAGUUGCGGUCGUUCCUCCAGGUGAGGAAGUACAGUCUGGACUUGGCUACACUCAUUCUGUUUGCGUAUCAGCUCAGUACAGCGCUGGCUUAUCUAGAGAGCAAACGCUUUGUACACAGGGACAUUGCAGCACGUAACGUGUUGGUCUCUGCAGUGGACUGCGUUAUGCUCGGAGACUUUGGUCUGUCUCGAUACAUGGAGGACAGUUCUUACUACAAAGCAUCUAAAGGUAAACUUCCUAUUAAAUGGAUGGCCCCAGAAUCCAUCAACUUUAGGAGGUUCACCUCUGCCAGUGACGUGUGGAUGUUUGGUGUGUGUAUGUGGGAGAUCUUGAUGUACGGCAUCAAGCCCUUCCAGGGCGUGAAGAACAACGAUGUGAUCGGGAGGAUAGAGAACGGCGAGCGCUUGGCGAUGCCCCCCCAGUGUCCACCCACCCUGUACAGUUUGAUGACCAAAUGUUGGUCGUACGACCCGAGCAAGAGGCCGCGCUUCACUGAGCUCAAAACACAACUUAGCACCAUACUGGAGGAAGAGAAGCUUCAACAAGAGGAGAGACUACGACUGGAGAUGAGGAGACAAGUCACCGUCUCCUGGGACUCUGGAGGUUCUGACGAAGCACCGCCUAAACCCAGUAGACCAGGUUAUCCCCGUCCUUGCUCCAAUGAAGGUUUCCUCUCUGGGCCCCAGCACGACCACUUCCCGCCUGCAGCUCACGGGGGCGUUGGAGGAGGAAGCAGCUUCCCUCCGUCUGAAACCUGGAACCAGCACCGACCCGAACUGAACCCGCUUUGGAACCCGGGAGUGGAGGAGGGUGGGUGUGUAGGGCAGGCUAUGAUGGAGGAGAGACUAAUGAUGCAGCAGCAGCAGAUGGAGGACGACCAGCGCUGGCUGGAGCAAGAGGAAAUCCUCAUGAAGGCAGAGCCCAGAAACAGCAGAGGCAGCAUCGACAGAGAGGACGGGACACUGCAAGCACUGGGUGGAAGUCAGCAUAUCUACCAGCCAGUUGGGAAGCCAGAACACGUGGCCCCUCCUAAGAAGCCCCCCCGUCCUGGAGCUCCUAGUCAUCUCGGCAACCUGUCCAGUCUGUGCCCUGUAGACAACUAUAACGAAGGGGUCAAGUUGCAGCCUCAGGAGAUCAGCCCUCCACCCACCGCCAACCUGGACCGCUCUAACGACAAAGUGUAUGAGAAUGUGACGGGGCUGGUCAAAGCUGUGAUCGAGAUGUCCAACCGGAUCCAACCUGCUGCACCCGAGGAGUAUGUCCCCAUGGUCAAGGAGGUGGGCCUGGCUCUGAGGACUCUACUGGCAACAGUAGAUGAGACGAUCCCCGUGCUGCCACCCAGCACACACCGAGAGAUCGAGAUGGCCCAGAAGCUGCUGAAUUCAGAUCUGGCAGAGUUGAUAGCAAAGAUGAAACUGGCCCAGCAAUACGUCAUGACAAGUUUACAAAAGGACUACAAGAAACAGAUGUUAAUGGCAGCUCACGCCCUGGCGGUCGACGCUAAGAACCUGCUGGACGUCAUCGACCAAUCACGGCUCAAGAUGAUCAACCACUAGACCAGAAGUCUUUCAAGCCAAAGGUUAAUGCCGUAGUAACUCCAGCUGCAGAUCUGUGGAUGGACAUUGUGUUGGAUAUCUGCGUUGGAUAGAUGAAAACAAGGAACGGAUGGACAGCGUGCACGACUGAAAUAAACAGCCCUAAAGCAUUCGUUGCUUCCUUUCUCCCUCAACCCAAAGACGUGUUGUUUUCUGACCGAUGUAAGCAGAUAAACACUCUUGUCUCUCAUCUUCUCUUCUCUUCUGGUUUCAAAAAUCACCCAUUACUCUCAUUUACACCGAAAGAAAAUGGAUCAAAUAAAGGCUCCACUUGAAGGACAAAACACAUGAAUGAAACCGUAUCUGUAGGAACUUGAACUAAAAAAAAAAACCUGGCUUUGGAAGGAUCCAGCCAUCCAUUCUUGCGCCCUUAUUUCUAAUCAGGAUCUCCAGGAUCAGCCGGAGGUCCUGGUGUUUUUCAGGUGGGAGGCCACCAGUCCGCUUCAUGGGAAUAAUGAAGAUCAUUUCACAAUGUUGUUGUAUAAACAUGCUUUUAUAUUUUUGAUUAUUAUUAUUAUUGUCGUUAGUCUCAGCCUUCAGUCUUGCUGUCUUCUUGUUGAACUUUGUAUGAGCGAAAAUGAUUGACACACAGUCCAGCUGCUCAUAAAUGCUAAAACAUCUGCUGUUCCUCUACAGAUAUUUAUCUCAGGUGGCAUGAGAGCUCAUUCAUGAACCAGCUCUUUCUUUUUAUAUAGACAAUUAAAAAAAAACAACCCUGCCACAUGGAACUCUUAAAUUAACUUUCAUAUUAAAUAUACAAAUAAGCUCUAUUUUCUAACACAUUUCAGAAGCAUGAAUUGUUAGUAAUUAAACGGAGAGGAAUGCAUGAGGGGAGAGUGGAAGGGACAGAGCUGAAUAGAGGAAGAAGUGUCAUUUUUAAAUUAAAGUGAGGGUGCUAAUUAAAUACAGUAGAUCUCCCUGUGCCAGAUGAAACACGUUUGGAAAAAAAAAGGAAUAUUUAAUUCAGAAUGUCCUGAUGAUGCUUGACUCUCUGACAUGAUGUGGAUUCAUACAGUCUUGUUUUUUAGCUUUAAGAUAGUAAAUAUUGUCACAUUUCUUUGCAUUCAGUCAGUCAUUAAAUUCAAGUUUGAUGGGACAGAUUUAAAAGGAGAAAAAAAAGAAAAAACAAUGGUCAUUUUGAAUCAAUUGCAGUUUAAUUUACAACUAACUAACAUUUGCAUCCUUGAAAUGUAAACUCCUGAAUUUGCAUCUCCUCACAUCAGGAAUGUUUACACACUAAGUAACAUGUAACUUUGUGAGCGUGAUGGCAGCCCUCUGGUUUAAAAUGUCCUCCUAUAUUCUGUUUUUUAACUCUGUCUUUCUACCUCUUUUCACUGGACUUAAUUGAAUCUGUUUUUUUCUUCCUUUUCUCUGGCACGAUAGAUAUAUAUUUCUUGUGUUGUCUGUCCUUCCCUUCCUCUCCUCCCUCACCGAUUCUUUCACUGUUCCCUCUCUCCUGUGGUGAGCUGUAUUCUCAGGAUGGAGAUACAUGUACAGUUGCUAAACCAAGCAAAUAAAAAACUAUUAUGAAGUA